AUGUGCCACCUGCGUGCGCGUGCCACUGGUGCUGCUGGAUACACCAAAUCUACUCCUUCCGAAUUCUUUCCAUCUGAUGAGUGUGGCCUAUACCUGGCUAAUCCUGUACUUGUUCACUAUCCAGCGGCUCUCCGCAGCACAUAUUUCGAACGUCUUUGCGGAAGAUUAAAAAUGUGGAGAAUUGGGAUGAACUGUAUUGCAGCUGUGAUCGAGCUGCGACCCUCAUCACCUUCAAUCUUCUCUGCAAAUCGAGCGGGACUACUCGAACUGCAGAGAUGCUUGGAACUCAAUUAUCCAACCUCGGCCCCCGCGCUCAGCGCAGCCGCUUGCGCAACUGCACCACAUCGUUUUGACUCGACUAUUCUUAAAAUUAGAUGA